UAGCUAUUUCUAAACACCUACCUACAUCCUUCUCCUACAUACAACCUCUCUCUCUCUAUUGUCUGUCUUGGUUUUGUUGGAUAACUAGCUAGGGCUUGUUUUAUUUUAUUCAGACCAGGAGGCAAGAUGAGGAUGAUAGACUUGGGAAACCAAAGAGGUCCCCUCCAUAUUAUGGACACACCCACCUCAGUAGAGUGUGGGAGGGAAGUGAGGUUCAGAAGAUCCUUCAGGUCCCUUGUGGAGUGCAUGGUCCCAUGUUGUGGCUUCCAACCAUCUGACUCCAUCUCCAGUGAUACUGAGUCCACCCACGCCUCCACUGUGACUGGCACCUUCUUUGGUUACCGGAAGGGGCGAGUCAGCUUCUGCCUACAAGAUGACACACGCAGCACACCGCUACUGCUGCUGGAAUUCGCCGUUCCCACCGCAUACCUUGCCAGGGAGAUGCAAUACGGUCUGCUUCGGAUUGCACUCGAGUGUGACAGGCAGAAGCAAGCCUCCAACUGCUGCUCCCUCUUUAACGUCCCGGUUUGGUCCAUGUAUUGCAACGGCAGGAAGGUUGGGUUCGCCGUCAGGCGUCAGAUGACUGUCAGCGACGUCAAUGUGUUGAAGCUUAUGCAGUCUGUGUCUGUUGGUGCCGGAGUUUUGCCGGUUGCACCCAAGUCCGACGACGGCGACCUCCUGUAUCUACGAGCCAGUUUUGAGCGAGUCAUUGGGUCCCCAGACUCUGAGUCGUUUCACAUGAUUAACCCGGUGGGCAGCUCCGGACAGGAGCUCAGUAUAUUUCUUCUAAGAUCAUGAUACACACAUUAGGUGGUGACGAUUAUGCCGGAAUAUGUGGGACUGGGACCCCAUCCAUCCCUUCUUUAGAAUGCCUGUUUGUAUCAUAUACAUAUAUUUAUAUCUCCUCUAGUUUCCGUCAGAUCUACUUCUCAAAACAAAUGCAAUUAUUAUAUAUAUGGUUUUCUAUA